AAGCUAAACAUUUUAGUGCCAAUCUAAACUUUGACAGAGAAAAGUAGAACAAAUUGUCAUUUCAACCACAGUUAAAAAUGUCAGAAAGGAGCAACAAAGAAGAAAACCAGCCUGGACCUGCCCCUAAUGAUACAGACUCUAAGGAGCCAAUCAAAAUGAAGAUUUUCAAUGACUCUAUUCAUGGUCAUAUUGAAUUGCAUCCCCUGCUGGUGAAGAUCAUAGACACACCUCAGUUUCAGAGACUGCGUAAUAUAAAACAGCUGGGAGGAAAAUAUUUGAUCUUUCCUGGGGCUUCUCACAAUCGCUUUGAACAUUCUCUUGGAGUGGCACAUUUAGCUGGAUGUCUGGUGAAGAGUCUGAGAGACAAUCAACCUAAGCUUGGCAUUACCAAAUCCGAUGUCCUGUGUGUUGAAAUUGCUGGCUUGUGUCAUGACUUGGGUCAUGGCCCAUUGUCUCAUUUAUUUGAUGGCAAAUUAUUUAUCCCUAAGACCAUGGAAAAGGAAGGAUGGACUGAUGAGGAAUGUAAAAAGCUUGAGACGUGGACGCAUGAGGAAAUGUCAGUUAAAAUCUUCAAAGACAUUGUGAAAACUUUAGAGGAGGAUUUUAAAAAAUAUGAACUGGAUGUUCCUAAAGAUUAUCUAUUCAUUGGGGAAUUAAUUCAAGGAAAGGGAACUUCUGGUGAGGAGGACUUACCAAGAGCUAAGGAAAAGUCCUUCCUGUAUGAGAUUGUGGCAAACGAACAAAACAAGAUUGAUGUGGACAAAUGGGACUAUUUUGCACGAGACUGUCAUCAUCUGGGCAUUUCAAACAGCUUUGACCAUCUGAGACUGCUGAAGCUUGCACGAGUGUGCAAGUGUGAGGAUGGAAAGGAACACAUCUGCUUCAGGGACAAGGAGGCAGACAAUGUUUAUGACAUGUUUCGGACCCGGUACACUCUGCAUCGCCAAGCAUACCAGCACAAGAUUGGCAACAUCAUUGAAAAGUUGUUUAAAGACGUGCUUGUGGAAGCUGAUGACGUGUUGAAAAUUUCACAAACUAUAAUUUCUGGCACUGUUGAUGACUACAUCAAGCUCACAGACAACAUCUUUGAACAGAUCAUGUACUCCUCAGACCCAUUGCUAAAAAAUGCCCAGGACAUCCUGAAGAAAAUUGCCAAUAGAAAACUACCAAAGUUUGUGGGUGAAGCUCGAAUAACAGAUGAAAUUAAAUCAAAGACAGGAACUGAUCCAAGAAGUACUAUGGAAGGAAACUGGAAAAAAGCCAUAGAAAACAACAGUUCUCUGAAGAAGGAAUCUUUCUUAGUAUAUGUGGAUAAUCUGGAUCACAGCAUGAAGAGCAAAAACCCUAUUGAAAGUGUUUAUUUCUACAGUAAAUGGGACCACGGUAAAUGGGACCACAUCACAGCCUGCAAGGCUAAGACAUAUCAGAUGUCCAGUUUCCUGCCUGAGAACUUCAAUGAAGAGAUUGUUAGGGUGUACUUUAAAAACCCUGAUAUAGAAAGUACUGUGAUGAAGGAGGCAUUCACAUGCUUUUACAAGUGGUGUGAUUCAAAUUUUGGAUUCCUCUAA